UCGACGAGUGCGGCUCUGCGGCUGCUUCCCGGGCGAGCGAGUCGACGGACGGUCUGUGUGAAGGCGGCUACCCCUUGUCUUGUACUUAGCAAUGGUAAGAAUCGGCUUUUGGCCACAUGACGACGGAGUCGAGAGCCCCGCGCUGCAGUCCCUGGCGCACCGGUUGCGAAAGGACACUGGACUCAGGGUUCUGGUGAUUGCACCGUCUCGGAACAAGUCUGCGGCCAGCAUGGGACUGACUCUGCGGUUGGACAUGGAGCUGCGUGCGCGGCCGGAGCUGGGGCCCGACACAUUCGCCCUCACAGGCACGCCUACGGAUUGCAUGAUGGUGGCCCUGGACGCGACCAAGGGCCUGCUGCGCGCACUGGACCUGCACCCCAUCAUGGCGCUCAGCGGCCCCAACUACGGACCCAACAUGGGCACAGACGUGCUGCUCAGUGGCACGGUGGGCGCCGCCCGCACCGCCGGCCUGUACGGUGUGCCCGCCCUGGCCUCCAGCUCCACCAGCCUGGACAAGAGCACGGCGCUGGACAACGCAGUGGACGCAACACUGACGCUGACGGAGAUGGCUCUGUCCACGCUGGAGGGGCGGCCGGCCCGCAACUGGCCGCGCAACCACAUCGUGACGGGCGGCCUGGGGCGGCGCCACGUGCACAGCUCCUGCGACUACGAGGCGCUGCCGCAGAACUGGGUCAUGGACGUGGAGCAGGUGCUGGUGGACGCGUUCCAGGACGGCGACGUGUUCAUCAACCUCAACGUGCCGGCGCAGUGGCAGCGGGGACACGGCGUGCAGACCACCGGCCUGGGCCUCAUGUUCUACCGCGACUCCUACGUGGUGUCGGUGCCGGGCCGCGCGCCCGCCCUGGCCACCAUGGCAGCGCAGCAGCAGCCCGUGGCCGUGGGCUCGGCCGCCGGUGCAGCCGCCGCCGCGGCGGCAGCAGCCGCCAACACCGCGGCGGCAGCCGCGUCCGGCAACGGCAACGGCACCGGGGCCCACGGCAACGGUAACGGUAACGGUGCGGCGGCGGCGGUGGUUGAGACGCCGCUGACGAGCACCAGCGCUGCUAUCAGCAGUGUGGUGAGCAGCCACGACAACGGCGUGAUGGGCGCGUGCGAGUCGCGGCCGGAGGGAUCGGCGCUCGCGGAGGACAUUGCGCAGGCCCUGGCGUGCGGCGACAGUGUGGUGUACAACAACGCCUACGACACGCGGCGCACGGUGCCAGUGGAGCGCAGUGACGUGGUGGCGCUGCAGCACGGACACAUCAGCAUCAGCACGCUGCAGGUGUGGCCGGAGGGGCACACGCUGUGCCUCAGUGACCGCGUCAUGGCGCGAGCGCUGCUCAGCGGCCACGACGGCAUCCCCGCCUGGCUGCAGGCGCGCAGCGCCGCCGCCGCCGCCGCCACCGCGGCCGCCGCCGGCGCACCCCGGUGAGGAGCGGCCAGCUGGCGCCACGCAGCUGCACUGCCGUGGUCGCCGUUGCAACACAGCUGCAGCGUGUGCUCUCGUGGUCUUGGUCUUGGUUUUGGUUAUGAGUAAGGGAUGCGGCAACUGGGCGAGCGCGACUUGCGUUGAGUGAUCUGACAGUGCAUGACAACACGGACACUAGUAUGUGCUGUGUGAGUGCUGGGGUGGGGGCGGUUGCAGCGGCUGUGCGCGCAGGGUUUGCUGCGCAUGUGAGGGCCGCUGGGGGCUACACGAGCGAUCUAGGUUGUAAUGUGUGGGCGGGGAUGGUGCGAGCAGAAACUGAUAUUCGUGUUGGGGCAUGGUAGCGGUAUCGCACUUGACGGCUUCGGUCAUGGAAGUGUUUGCCCUGAACAUACCGUAGUCUUGAGUCGCACGGGAGAUUUUGCAUUACCGUGACCUGUAUUCCCGCGACUUGCCGUACGCCUGUCCACCUGUGCGGUACUCUUGUAUGCGAGAUCCGAAAUGGGCACAUUUAUACUGACUGAGGCCUGAGUGAGGUGGCCACGUAGCCACCGGUUUGUGGCGCAUUACGGCGGCCUUGCCUUGCUAGGGCUGCCGACGCUGCUGUGUUGGGGUGUGCGAUGGGACAGGGUUUAGGCAGGUUGGCGAGGUCCCGUAGGGUGCAGCUGACGCCCAUACCCCAAGCAAACGGCAAACAAUUUGCAGCGGCAGAGCAGUAGUGGUGUGUUGGGGUGCGUGAUGACCGCAACACGGAACGAGAGAAGUCUAUUUGUUGGUUGCCGAACCAUGCCUGUCCGGUGAUUUUGUGUUUGAUGGAAGAAGCGCCAAAACUACGUGAAUGCAAGGCCGUGCUAAGGAAGGCCAGGUGUGAACUAUGAAGGAGAAGGCAUGAGGUCGGGCGGGAGUGACCAGGGGUUGGGCGGGUCAGGGAGCGCGUGUGGUGGAGCAGGCCAAGGGCCACAGUUGCGCGGCAUGGCGGCAGGCAAGUGCAGGCAGCGAAUAGUCAGGAACAGGGCGUUGAGGAUGGGAGGAGGGAUGGCGGAGUCGGCGGCGCGAUGGCCUGUGGCCUGUGGGUAGGCUGUGUGGAGAGGUGUGGAGGCUGUGGGUCAACAGCCCUGGCUUCCAUCAAGCAGCCCCCCCUCCGAUGAAGUCGGCAACGCAUGUGA